AUGCUUUCAUCACGCGCUCUAGCACGUCUACGCGGUGUACGUGCUCUUCUGUCUGGCCCUGCAACGAAGCCUCGCCUUGACGUCGAGGGUCAUCCUCCACCUCCGGUGACUCAACUUAGCGAGCACGAGAUGCAUUUGAGGGAUACUGUGAGGCGCUUCUCAAACAAUGUGGUUAAGCCUUUGGUUCGUGAGAUGGAUGAGAAGUCCCAAAUGCAUCAAUCGGUGAUCACUGGAGCAUUUGAAAAUGGGUUCAUGGGAAUCGAAGUUCCUGAAGAGUACGGCGGACCUGGAACGUCGUUCUUCGAUUCAAUUCUCGUUAUUGAGGAGUUGGCCAAGGUUGACCCAUCAGUUUCCGUUUUCGUAGAUGUACAGAAUACCCUUGUAGUACCAUUGAUUUUACAACAUGGUACAGAGGAGCAGAAACAAAAAUACCUACGGAAGGCUUGCCUCGAAUGGGUAGGCUCAUUCUGCCUGUCAGAGGCAGGGUCUGGUUCCGAUGCCUUUGGUAUGAAAGCAAUCGCAAAGCCAGAUAGAGACGACUUUCUUAUAACCGGGACGAAACUUUGGAUCAGUAAUGCAGGUCAUGCCAGCUUCUUUUUGGUCUUCGCAAAUGCUGAUCCAUCAAAAGGUUACAAAGGCAUCACCUGCUUCCUUGUGGACCGAAAUCAAGAAGGAGUAUCUGUGGAACGAAAGGAGGAUAAGUUAGGAAUUCGUGCAUCCUCUACUUGUCCCGUCCACUUUGAAAAUGUUCGUGUGCCUAAGUCGGCGAUCCUUGGAGAAUAUGGCAAAGGCUAUAAAUACGCAAUCGAAUGCUUGAACGCUGGUAGAAUUGGCAUAGGUGCGCAAAUGUUGGGAUUAGCUCAGGGAUGUUACGAUAAUGCUAUACCAUAUCUUCAAGAACGGAAGCAAUUUGGUUCGAGGCUUAUUGAUUUCCAGGGCAUGCAACAUCAAAUUGCUCAGGUAGCCGUCGAAAUUGAGUGCACCCGAUUAUUGGUCUACAACGCCGCUAGAUUAAAAGAUAAUGGAAUUAACUUCGUGAAGCAGGCCGCCAUGGCGAAGUUGUAUUCAUCGCAGGUGGCAACAAAUACAACCUCGAAAUGCGUUGAAUGGCUAGGUGGUGUAGGUUUCACAAAGGAAUACCCCAUAGAAAAGUUCUACCGUGAUGCUAAGAUCGGCACUAUAUACGAAGGAACGUCGAACAUCCAGUUGAAUACGAUUGCCAAACUAAUUGAUGCUGAAUAUAUGCACCAUGCGUAG